AUGGCCGUUCAGGCUCAAUAUCCUUCUAACGUCCUCCUCCUCAAUCCCAGAAACUUCCCAGAAGAUUAUGACUCUCCAUUGCCCCCUGCAGAAGCACUUAAUCACUCUCAUGCCUUAUUCAACAAUGGAGGUAUUCCUCAAUUCCCAGAUUGUAUAACCGUCCAUGGGGUUUACUCACGCAAGCCCCAAUGUUGUGAAUUCCUCUCUCUGCAAUCUCCUCAACUCGUAGACCUCUCGCAGCUGCAUAACCACCACCACAAUAGCGUCUCCACCGGCCUCCGUUUAUCCUCCUUCGCCGAUCGCCGGCCACUUCACUUGCCUCACAACCACCAGCAAUCACCCCAAGAUUUCUCUCAUUACUUAUCCUCAUCGUCUCCGUUUUCUCAAGAUUUUGUCUCUCAAAUCAAACAACAUGCUGAUGAAAUAGACCAAUUCAUUCGAGCGCAGGAAGCGGAAUUGCAUCGGACAUUGGCGGAGAAAAGGCAGAGACAUUACCGAGCGCUACUAACCACGGCGGAAGAAACCGUGGCGCGGCGGUUGAGAGAGAGAGAGCUAGAGGUGGAAAAGGUCGCGCGCAUGAACGCCGAGUUAGAGGCACGCGCCGCUCAACUCAGCGCCGAGGCACAGCUUUGGCAGGCGAAGGCAAAAGCACAGGAAGCAACAGCCGCUUCCUUACAGGCCCAACUGCAACAGGCCAUGAUGAACGGCGCAGCGGCCUUAGAAAGAAGAGACGAGGGCGGGCUAUCGUGCGCGGCGGGCGCCGAUGACGCCGAGUCGGCUUACGUCGACCCGGACCGAGUCGAACCGACCGGACCCGAAUGCAGAGGGUGUGGGGAGAGGGUGGCGUCGGUGGUGGUAUUGCCGUGUCGGCAUCUGUGCUUGUGUAUCAAAUGCAACGUCCAUUACCGAGCAUGUCCGGUUUGCCUUACGCUCAAAGAUUCAACCGUUGAGGUUUUUUUUUCCUAGGGCCCAAAAUGGCCCAUAUCCAUAUGACAGGCCCGGUAAGAGGCCCAACUGGAAAUAAAAAAAUUUAAAUUAAAUAUCUCAAAAUAAGAAAAAAAAAAUCAUUUUACUAUUAUUAAUUUUUUUAAUUUACUUUACAUGGCAUGAAGCCUGGUUUGGCCUCAAAGAUGCGCACAUGGGUGUGGCAUUGUUUAAAAAAAAAAAAAGCCUUGUUCUGACUCUUUCUUGCAGAUUCCAUUCAAAUUAUACAAACAUAUUCUUUUAUUUGGUAAAUACAUUGGUCUGAUGGUUCAUGAAGAUUUAAUUGA